UUGUACUCAUCGACCCCGCAAUUCCAAGCUGUUGUUCAUUUUUCCUAUUAUAUAAACAAAUCAAACACAACACUCUCUCUUGCUCUCUUCACAUCUUCAUUUCUUCUCAAAUUCAGAAUGGGCGGAGGAGGAGGCAACGAUGAUGCUGGCGGAGCAGGUGGAAGAAUCAGGUGGCGAGGCUUUUCUUGCAGGAAGAGCGACUUUCUUCCAGAGGAGUCCUUCCAAAGCUGGGGAAACUAUGCAAGAGCACUUGGCGAGACUCCUAUGCGGUUCAAGGAUAGGUUGCUGACCCGAUCCAUGGACUCCAUGGAGCUCAAUGAUAUGAAAGCUCGCAGUGAACAUGACAUGAAGAAGAGCCUCACUUGGUGGGACCUUAUCUGGUUUGGCGUCGGAGUUGUCAUCGGAUCUGGCAUCUUUGUUCUCACCGGCCUUGAGGCACGUGACCACGCCGGCCCUGCUAUUCUGUUGUCUUAUGUGGUCUCCGGCGUUUCGGCUAUGCUCUCUGUGUUUUGCUACACUGAGUUUGCCGUGGAAAUUCCCGUUGCAGGUGGAUCAUUUGCUUAUCUUCGGGUCGAGUUGGGUGACUUCAUAGCCUUCAUAGCUGCCGGCAACAUCCUUCUUGAGUAUGUGAUUGGUGGUGCUGCAGUGGCCCGAUCAUGGACAUCUUAUUUUGCCACACUCUGCAAUCAUGAUCCCGAUGACUUUCGAAUUAUAGUCCAUAGCCUCGCAGAUGACUACAGCCAUCUAGACCCCAUCGCCGUUGUAGUUUCCUGUGUCAUUUGCGUCCUUGCUGUUAUGAGCACCAAGGGUUCUUCCCGUUUCAAUUACCUCACCUCCAUCAUCCACGUCGGUACAAUCAUCUUCAUCAUCGUCGCCGGCCUCGCCAAAGCAGACAUAAACAAUUACAGCUCCUUUGUUCCUAAUGGUCCUCGUGGUAUUUUCGUAUCUUCAGCUGUUGUUUUCUUUGCAUACGUUGGAUUUGAUGCUGUUUCAACUAUGGCUGAAGAAACUAAAGACCCUGCCCGAGAUAUCCCAAUUGGGCUUGUGGGUUCAAUGAUAAUAAUCGCUUUAGCCUACUGCUUGCUUUCUGCAACCUUGUGCCUAAUGGUUCCAUAUAAGCAGCUUGAUCCUGACGCUGCAUUUUCAGUUGCAUUUGAGUACGUGGGGCUGAAAUGGGCUAAAUACAUCGUAGCUCUAGGUGCAUUACAAGGUAUGACCACCGCUCUUCUUGUCGGAGCUGUAGGCCAAGCUCGAUAUCUCACACACAUUGCUCGUACACACAUGAUGCCUCCAUGGUUUGCUCAUGUUAAUGGAAAAACUGGAACUCCAGUAAAUGCCACCAUUGUUAUGAUCGUUGCUACAGCUAUUGUUGCUUUCUUUACUAAGAUGGAUAUUCUCGCCAAUCUUCUUUCUAUUUCUACAUUGUUCAUCUUCAUGCUCGUGGCGGUAGCUCUUCUCGUUCGUCGCUACUAUGUUACUGAAGUUACAGCAUCUGCAAAUCGAACCAAGCUCAUCGUUUGCAUAAUGGUGAUUCUUGGUUCCUCAAUUGCUACUGCUUCUAUCUGGGGGGCAGGAGGAGAUGGGUGGAUUGGGUAUGUGAUUACAAUACCAAUAUGGUUCUUGGCUACAUUAGGACUCAAUCUCUUUGUUCCACAAGCAAGGGCUCCGAAGACGUGGGGGGUUCCAUUGGUUCCAUGGCUACCAUCUGCUUCGAUUCUUAUCAAUAUUUUCCUUCUGGGAUCGAUAGACGGGGCGUCGUUUAUGAGGUUUGGUAUUUGGAGUGGUGUUUUAUUGGUGUAUUACUUCCUAUUUGGCUUGCAUGCGUCGUAUGACACGGCUAAGGGGGCUGGGGAGCGUAGGGCUGGCGAUGGCUGGAAGAAAUUGGAAGAAGGUGGUGCAGUAUCUUCACAGUCUGGAUUAGGAAAUGAGAGUAGGGCUGCCGAUGUUCAGAAGAAAACAGAAGGAGGUGAGCAAGUGCCUGCGCAAUCUUCUCUUGGAGAUGUGGACUAGGUUACCAUUGAGAAUCUACAAUUUCUAGUCAUGGGAAUGUUGUACAAAUGAAUGAUUGUAUUUGUACAAUUAUAAUAUAUAUUAGGUCAAUUAAAAAAAAAAACCU